ACCCUAGUAGAAUCCGACAGUAUUGAAAAAGGGGCAGUGGAAUUUCUCAGCCUAUACACCUCGCCUGCUGCUGACUGACCAUUUCUUCCACCGCCGAAGAAGAAGAAGAAGAUGCCGUUGAGUGCAACAAUGGUGGGAGCCCUUUUGGGAUUGGGUACCCAGAUGUACUCUAAUGCCCUUCGAAAACUUCCUUACAUGCGCCAUCCAUGGGAACAUUUGUUGGGUAUGGGACUUGGUGUGGUGGCUGCCAAUCAGAUGGUGAAAUGGGAAGCUAAGAGCAAUGAAGAUCUCGACAAAUUGCUUGAGAAAUCUAGGCAAGCUAAUGAACGCCGUUACUUUGAUGAAGACGAAGACUAAUACUAUGGAUGAUUUGCAGAGAGUAUGUUGCAAUAUCAGCUGCAAUGAUUCAAAUUGUUUGCUUAAGCAGUUUUUCCCCCUUUUAUAAGAUUUGCAGUACAUUGAUCUUUUGUAUCGGCGAAGAACAGUUUGCAAUAAUCAUAUUUUGGAUGUCUUGCAAAAUGUGUGUUUGCCUAAUAAUGAGAUCAUCCAUUAGUCUCCUACAGUCAGUCCUAUGACUGCUUUGGAUCAUUUUAUAUGUUAUAAACCUCAAACUUUUUAACAUUAAAAAAACAGAACUAUCGUUUUUCCUUUA